AUGGCGGCGGCGGCGGAGGAGCCGGAGGGGCGGCGGGGCCGGGGGCCGCGGCCGGGACCGGCGCCGGGCAGCCCCGCGGGGCGGGCGGUGGGCGAGGGCUCGCCCGGGGGCGGCGGCCGCCGCGUCUUCAGCCCCGCUGGGGAGUUCCGCGAGUUCUCCCGGCGGCAGCUCCGCGACAUGGAACGGCUCUUCCGACAGUAUGACGCAGGGAAAGACGGCUUCAUUGACCUGAUGGAGCUGAAGCUGAUGAUGGAGAAGCUGGGGGCUCCACAGACACACCUGGGGCUGAAGAACAUGAUCAAGGAGGUGGAUGAGGACCUGGACAGCAAGCUCAGCUUUCGAGAGUUCCUGCUGAUUUUCCGGAAGGCAGCAGCGGGUGAGCUGCAGGAGGACAGUGGGCUGCACGCCCUGGCCCGUCUUUCUGAGAUCGAUGUCUCCACAGAGGGGGUGAAAGGCGCCAAGAACUUCUUUGAGGCCAAGGCACAAGCCAUCAAUGAAGCCAGCAGGUUCGAGGAGGAGAUCAAGGCAGAGCAGGAGGAGAAGAAGAAGCAGGCUGAGGAGCUGAAGCAGAGGAAGGCAGCCUUCAAGGAGCUGCAGUCCAACUUCACGCAGUGACGGGGCCAGGCAGGACUGGUCAGCGGCGCCCGGGGCGGCACCGCCGCCUGUGCCGCGCGCCGUGCCCAAGCCGUGUGCCGCCGGCAGGAUCCCGGCGCGGGCUCGGCACGGCGCCCACCUUGCUGGCAGAGCCCGCUCGGCCCCGGCUCCCCGCUCCCCUCUCGCUAUGGUGUCCGUAGGUGUCGUUCGUGCCCCCCGCCUCCCCAGCGUGCCCCCCACCCCGGACAGCACCCUGCUCUCUGCCAGCAGCUGCGCUGGGGGAUGCUGCUGCCGAGUCCCAGGGGAGCUGUGCGCGGAAUGUCCGUCCCUGGGACACCCGUGCCCGGGCUGUUGUGUGCUGUGAGCGCACUGGGAGGUUUGCAGGGUUAGGGCCUUGUGCAGGUGGCCGUGGCGGGUGUUGUGGCUUGGCACCUGUUGGUGUUGCUGCGUGUGACACCAGUGGCAAAAGCCAUGGCGAGGGCCAGGUGCUGGUAGAGGGGCUCUGUGUGUGUGUGUGUGUGUGUGUGGUGCCGGGGGGUGGGUGUCCACCCCACUGACAUGGAGCCCCCCCAGGAGCUGUGUCUCUCUUUAUUUGGUCAAAGAGGUACAGAAAGGCGGCUGCUGGCUCGUGGGGCUGUAUAUUAUGUUUUCUCAUGUUGUGUUCAGCCUGGCAGGAUUGAGCGUGGUGGCCACAAGUGCUUGCCGGUGGUCACUCUCAUGUUUCUGGGUUGCUGUAAAAACCCACAUCUGUCCCACAGUGUCCCCCGACGGUGGCAUAGGGGGUGUGUUAUGUUGUUGGUUUUUUUUUUUUUUAAUUUAAUCCCAAAUAAAUAUUAUAUUUCUUAA